UUGAAAAGCGAUUUAAAGAGAACCUCAAAAGCAUGUGCACUGUUUCCUUCUCAUGACGACGUAAACCAAGUCGUUAGUAGUCAAAAACAGUAGUCGAUGACUCAAGGCUCUUUCUUCAUGCUUUUGGUUUUAAUAUUUUCCUGAUAUAAAAGCUUACAUUUUAUGGGUCAGUACAACGUAGAAAAUAUUUCAUUGUUAACAUUUAAAUGCCAAUUAUCUCGUAAUUAACAACAGUGGUCAUUCUGAAGAAUGUCAUCUAUCCGUAAUCGAUUAGUCCUGCCUGGCUGAACUACGUCACCACGCAGCGUCAGCAGGAAAACAGCAUGCGGCCUGAGAAUAACUAGCUAAGGUAGCAUGAGAGAUUUAUAAACGUUCGGUUUUUCGUGAUAAUUACAUUUUCAAAUGGCGCCGACGAACCAGAAAAGAAAAAACGACAAACCUCAAAUUAAAGAUGGCAAUUUUAGGGAAGAAAGAAAAGCGUCAGGUGGGGUAAACAAGAAAAAGAAGUGGAUCCCACACAACAAAAUGUUUGAAGGCAGCGUUAAAGAAGGUCAAGGGUUUGCUUUUAAGAAAAAGGAGAAAGUCAGACAUGAGUACAACAAACUGCUGAGAAGGGAGCGUAAGAAGAACCCCAAGGCCAAUGUGGUGUACAAGGAGGAGUACCCAGAACACCUCAAGCAUCUGUACCUGGCGGAGGCUGAGCAACUGAGGAAACAGGCUUGGGAAAACAGAGUGAACAGGAGCAAGCUAAGAAUGAAAGGGCAGAUGAAGGAUGGAACUGAAAAUAACGCUGAUGUUCCUGACACAGACUUUGCUGGAGGAUCUGAGCUGAUGGACUCUGCUUCUGGGAACCCUGAGCCAACAACAUCGGAGCAAGAAAGUGUUCCAAUAAGCAACCGCAUGCGAAAGAAAAUGCAGCGGAAGACAUCUUACCAAAAGACGAAGGAGGAAUUUGAGAACGUUCGAGAAAAACGGAGACUAAAGAAAGAGGCAUACCUGAAGAACAAGCAGCAGAAAGAAGAAGCCAUUCAGAGGUACAAGCAGAAAAAAGUUGAGACUUUCCGCCUCCUGAGUCAGAAGACUAAGAAAGGACAGCCGAACUUGAACGUUCAAAUGGAAUAUUUACUUCAGAAGAUCCAAGGAACUGAUAAAUGACUCCUCUGCCUGAACUGAUUUAACUGACUACCGUUUAAAACCUGAAGGAGGGCUGUGAUUUUACUCUGUUUGCCUGGAAUGACAAAUUCUCAGCUGUAACUGAGGAAAACCUCUACAUCUUAUGUUUCAGGUUAUUUUGUAACAUUUGUGUGCAGAAGGACUGUCAAACCACCAGAUGGCAUUGUGGUUUGGAUAUAUGUUUUUUUUUUUUUAAAAGUUUAUUUCUUGUAUAAAAUAAAAGAAAAAGAAAGCACUUUUUUGUUCUUUAAACUAACAAAAAACUCAUUGUUUUUGACCAAUAACACACCAACAAUCAACUCUUCAGUUGACUGUUGGUGUGUGAUUUUACUUUUCCACUGCGAGUUAAAUCAUUAAACAUUCAAGGAAUUGUGAUUUUAAUUUGCUGUCAUCAAACAGAUUAAAUGCUCUUAGCCUACAAAAAUUAGAGUUAAACCUGUGCCUCGCUAAUGUAUGUGCAUGCAGCGGGUGAACCCAGGCUGAAAAGCCUCGGGCUGCUUCCUCAUGACAUCACAUGGUUGCAGAAUGACUUGUUGAGCAGUCCUCUGCAAGACAGGACUUCCUAAAUGCAGAACACGCUCAAUGCUUUGUUGAUAUGAAGAUUAGAGAAAGACUUCUGCGCUAACAAGUCAAGAAAGGUAAGACAUUUUUUGUUGUUUUUUUGGAGUUUGACAGAGUCCCAUCUCGAAGGUGUGAGAAUAAAUAACUGCCCAUGAUUUUGAGAGUUGGAAACAUUAAAUUCCAAGUAAUUUAAGGAAAAUCAUCCGUGUGCAGGGACUCGAUUUAUUUAUUUUUUGGGGGUUGUUUUUGCAUUGUUCCAGUUUUCUGUACAGCUGAACAUCUCUUCAAAAAGCAAAGUUUUUCUUAAAUAAAUCUAAGUGCACGCUU